AUGUCUCUCUGGUGGAAUUACCUAGCCCUGCUCGCCUUCGCAGCCAGCAUCCUCGGGGCAUUGACGUUCCCGCAGCACGACGGGUGGUGUCCCCAGCGCGAUCAGCAGUGCAUCAGCAUCCUCAGUUGCCCGCAGUUCCAAACGAGAGCCGACGUGAUGUGGCUACAGCCGCGGCCCUGCGGGUUCUCCGGCACCACAGCACUGGUGUGCUGUUCGGUGGCCCGCGCCGGCCCGCUCACUGGCACGCGCUCGCCGCUGCCGACCUCCUGCGGACGCACCAGAGUCCAGGAGUUCUUCUUCCGUUCACACAGUGCUCCUACCACGAUUCUUACUCCGAGCAUGUCGGAGUUCGGAGGAGACGGCGCAGGUGCGUUCGCCGUUGGCGGGGAAAACGCCCAGCUCGGCAAGUGGCCGUGGAUGGUGCUGUUCGGCCGGUGGAAGGACGACGGCCUGGGCAACUGGUUCUGCGGCGGCACCCUCAUCACCGACCGGCACGUGCUCACGGCCGCCCACUGCCUGCGACCGGAGGAGGCCGGCAUCAUCGGCACCCACAUCGGCGACAACGACCUUAACCUCCAGUUUGAGGUGGAGCAUCAGGUGCGGAACGUCUCCAGGAUCGUGCGCCAUCCGCAGUACCUGGGAUCACAGAACGACCUCGCCGUGGUCCGGCUGGCGACUCCUGUGGAGCUGACGGAGCACGUAUCGCCCAUCUGUCUACCACCAGCCGGCGUCGAGCACAUCGGACAAGACGUCGAGAUGGCCGGCUGGGGUCUGCUCGAGUUCGGCGGGAGCGCCCCGAAUGUUCUGCAGGAGGUGGCCCUGCGCGUGGCCGACCCAUCCGUCUGUGAGACCGCCUACCGGCGCGUGCCGCAGUUCGAGUCGCGCUUCCCGGGCGGCUUCCAGGGCACCAAGGUGUGCGCCGAGAGCCGGGACGGCGAGCCGCGCGACGCGUGCCGCGGCGACUCGGGCGGCCCGCUGAUGGUGCGUCUGGCGGACGACACCUACCAGCUGGUGGGGGUGGUCUCCACGGGCGUCGGCUGCGGCAACCCCGAGUUCCCCGGACUUUACACCAAGGUGUCGUCCUAUAUCGACUGGAUCGUCAGCCAGCUCAUCUGAAGGGCACUAGGGCGGCAGGUGGGACAAUUUAUAUACGCAUAUGCAGUAAGCUGACUCAGUCUUGUUCCUUUUUUCAUGAACGUACAGCUCAAUGGACGUGCAUUGUGAUUAGGUAACGCUGGAGCUAUAGGCAUUUUAUUGACUAGA